CGAAAAUAUAUAGGGGAAACCGGUGCGUUGCAUCCAACCCCCUGUUGGGCCAUCAGCCGUUCGGCGCCUUCGCCCAUUGUCGCGAGUUUCCGAGCCGAAACGGGCGCCUGCCGCCGCACUGUUUUCAAACAAAACGCGGAGCGCGCGAUGUCAGUUGAGUUUUGUCCGCAUUUUACGAUGGAAGAGGAGCUGCGCUGCUUCGCUUGUAAACAGUUUUAUAACAAUCCGGUCCUGUUGCCGUGCUAUCACGGCAUUUGUCUGCACUGCGCCCUUAAUUUGCAACAGCCCGCCAAUCAUAAUGCCGCCUCCUCCGCGAAUAACGUAAAUGUUGUUAUUACCGAAAACGCGGAAAGUGUGGCCUCCGGUUCUUCCGGAGACUACCAAGAGUCCGACAAAUUGUCCAUCCUGAGCGAAACGGAUAGCGGGGUUGUUUGUACUUCAAGACCCAACUCCUACGUAGGAACACCGAACGGAGUACUAUUUCCUAGUGCCCUAUCGCUAGCCUGUCCAAUUUGUCAUAAGGUAGUUUACUUCGACGAUAACGGUGCACACAACUUACCCAAGUACCGCGUUAUGCAAAGCGUCGUUGACCGGUACGGCGAACUGCGUAAUCUUACCCUCAAAUGUCAGUUAUGCGAACAGGAACCGGCCAAAGAUGCGACCGUGAUGUGCGAACAAUGCGAAGUACUUUAUUGCGACUCUUGCAAGGAAUCCUGCCAUCCUGCCAGAGGACCUUUGGCCAAACACGUUCUUACUGAACCGAAACGCGGAGGUAUCACCGCGAAUAAAUCGAAAGAUGGGAAAUGUCCCGAUCAUCCGGAAGAGACAUUAAACAUGUACUGUAUGGUUUGCAAAAUGAGUGUUUGUGCUUUGUGUCUCAUGGAUUCUAGACAUACCAGUCACGAUGUGCAGAGUUUGGUUGUCAUGUGUAAAGCUCAAAAGACGGAGCUAUCGCAUAAUUUGCAACAGUUGUCAGAAAGAGCGAAAUCUACAACGGAGUUUAUUCAGAGACUAAAAGGGAUGAGUGAUAAAGUAAAUGAAAAUUGUGAGGAAUUCGAACAAAUAGUAUCGGCACAAUGCCAAGCGUUAAUAGAGGCCAUACAAGUCCGAAGAAAUACGCUUAUAGAAUGCAUUAGGCAAGACAAGGAAGUGCGUGUUAGGGCUCUCAAAGAGCAAGUUACUACAUGUACUACUAGGCUACAGCACACGACAUCGUUACUACAGUUUUGUAUCGAGGCACUUAAAGAGACUGACAGUUCUGCGUUUUUACAGGUUGGCACCAUGUUAAUAUCUAGAGUAGCAAACACAGAUCAUUCGUGGCAUAAGGAAUGGACAGCACCCAGAGUGUCGCCACAUUUCGAUCUUACCCUAGAUGACAAAUCGGUAUUGAAGGCGAUAGAACAAUUAAAUUUUAUUCAAAUGAAACCAUUCAUUGAUGGGGAAGAAAGAGUACCGGCAGCUCCAGCUGCCCCAACAAUAAUUCCGGAAGAAUGCAGCGCAGAAAAUAAUUCGGUAACAAUAGCGUGGCAACCUCCGCCCCACAGCCACGUUGAAGGGUACGUUUUGGAGCUCGACGACGGCAGCGGUGGAGAUUUUAGGGAAGUGUAUUGUGGCAUAGAAACAAUUUGUACAGUCGAUGGGCUUCAUUUUCACUGUAUGUACAAUGCAAGAGUCAAAGCCUUCAACAGCUCAGGAGAAGGCGACUAUAGUGAACUGAUAGGAUUGCAGACAGCUGAAGUUGCCUGGUUCACUUUCGAUCCGAUUCUGUCAGGGCCUGGACUACAAUAUUUGGAGGAUAACGCCACAGUUACUGGAGAAGGCUGGGAGCACAGGGUAGCAUUAGGCAGUGUGGGUUUUAGUAGAGGCGUGCACUAUUGGGAAUUUACCAUAGAUAAAUACGACGCAGACACCGAUCCGGCUUUUGGAAUUGCUAGGAUAGAUGUUACUAGAGAUAAAAUGUUAGGAAAAGACGAUAAAGGCUGGGCAAUGUACAUCGACCGUCAAAGAUCAUGGUUUCAACAUGCUGGAGCUCACGAACAGAGAGUAGAAGGUGGCAUCCAUGUAGGCUCUACUAUAGGAGUAUUGCUAGACCUGAACCAUCACACUCUACAGUUUUACGUAAAUGAGGAACCACAAGGAGUAAUAGCCUUUAGGGAUUUAUACGGAGUUUUUUAUCCUGCGGUUAGUAUCAAUAGAGGAGUGAGCGUUACAGUGCACACAGCUCUAGACGCUCCGUCUGAUACUGAGGAAACGUAAAUUUAUCUAAAAGACAAUAUUUUAAAUCUAAAUGUUAAAUUUCCUAUGCUCCCCAAUUUGCCCCGACUGAAUGUUUAUUGAUAUAAUACAUUCGGCACAUUCUUAAUUAAUAUAGUUUAGAAAUCGACGACUAUGUAUAUUAUUAAUGCAUAUCCAACUUUAAUUUUUUUAUUUUAUGAAAUAAAUUAUAAUUAUUGUGCCUGAUUCCUAUAUGUAUCUAUAUGUAUGUAACAUCCAAUAUCUUGUAUAGGGUGACUCUAAAAGGUCUGUCUAUAUGUACAUUGUUAGAAAGUAAUGGCAUUUCAUUGUUUGAAAAAAUUUAUCUUGAUAACAGUUCUAAAAUUUAAAAAUUUUAAUUUGCCACGACCCCUUUCAAUAACAAUUCAUUCUAGGUCCACGAUAUUUUUUUUAUUAAAUCGCUUUAUUUCCAUACCGUUGCAGUCUGUACAGACUGAUUGGAGACACCCUGUAUAAUAGGCAUGUCGUUUUGAUGUGAUAUCGAUCAAUAAUUUUAAUGAUAACGUAUAAUCGGUAAGCAAAAAACUUUGAUAUAUGUUUAAUGUGUGCAAAACUAAACAAAAUAUACUGAAAAAUGUAUGCAAGGAUGAUUUUGAGCUUAGACCCUGAAGCACCCAAAAUUGAUCACCUUGUAUAUUUUUUAUUACAAAUCACCUCCACAUUGUACUUAAAUUGGAAUGUACCUACUUGUAUUGGGUAUAAUUGAUUAUUCUACACCUUUUUUUUUAACCUAAUUUUACAGUUUCUGAAACACAUCUUGAAAAGGGUAGGUCUACAAGAUCAGAAAUUGGUUCAAUGAGAGCUACUCUGGAAAUUCUCAAAUAUCCAUAAUAUGAUUAUUUCGCUUAUUACUUUAUAAAUGUAAUAUUAUUCAGCAUAUUAGUUUUGUUAAAGUUUUUCAUAUUUUUACAUAUCAAUAUAUAGUUAUUAAUUAAUUAAGUGUUUAGUGGUUAAUUUAUUAGUUUCGAUAAGGAAAAAAUGAAACUAUAAGGGUAAACUGUAAACCUUAUUAAAGACUGAUUAAAAUUUUACUUUAAAAUAAUGUGUGGCUAUUGCUAAUCAAAUGUUUGCCUUUCUUUUUGGUGUCCACUGUCUUCUACCAAAACAAUAAUGAUUGUUUUCUUUUUAUUUUCGGCUUUGAAAAAUAUCUUUAGGUUUAUUUCUAGUCUUGACCAUAAUAAAAUUAUAAUCUAUUUUAAUUGAUGCUAUUUUAGUUUUAGUUUUAAAAAUAAAUCUAUUCCAUAUUAUAGACAUUAUUGAAAAAAAACUGUUUGUUACUAUUACUAUAAGCCUUUGUUAAAUUUAGUAGUAUUUAAAUUAUUAUUAGUAAGUACGAAAUUUAUUAGGGUACUAUAAUAAUUAUUGUACGAUCACUUUCUUUGUAAAUAAACAUUUAUUUAAUAUCAGACAUUUAUGAUUUGAUUUUGAUACUCUUGGACACAGAGGCUUUGAUACCUGAUAUUUCCCCGCUGUACCUGGAAAGUUCUUUUCUUGGUUCACGUACGGCACCUUUUCUGCGAAUCAGGGCUUUCCUGAACUUGAGUUUGUGCUUCACUCUUGGAUUUCUAAGUUCCUUCUUUCUAUGCGGAGUGAGCCCUUUGUUUUUAGCAAUUUGGUACGUAAUUGCACGUUUACUUGGUUCGGUUUCUUCGUUAUCACCUUCAAUCUCUUCAGGCACUUCCUUGUCAUCUUCACCUGAACUAUUCGAUUCAAACGUAACUUUUUUGGUCAUAAGAUUUUCGUCCAACUUGAUUUUUUUACUUGGACGACCACUGACUGAUUUGGAUUUUGUCUUUUUAGUAUUUUGAAGCUGACUCAGUAGUUUGAGAGUUUU